UUUAGUGUCAGUUGCAAAGCACCAAUCCAAUUCUCCACAUAUCUUCUUUACUCUCUCCAUUUCUUUUAAUUUAAUUUUUAUUUAAUUUUUGAAAAACAAAAUGCCUGGAAUUGCUUUUGGUCGUUUUGAUGAUUCCUUUAGCUUGAGCUCCAUCAAGGCCUACAUUGCUGAGUUCAUCUCCACCCUCCUCUUCGUCUUCGCCGGUGUCGGCUCCGCGAUUGCUUACGCCAAGUUGACCUCGGAUGCCGCCCUUGACCCACCGGGUUUGGUGGCCGUGGCGGUUUGCCAUGGGCUUGCACUCUUUGUCGCUGUUUCCAUAGCCGCCAACAUCUCUGGCGGCCAUGUGAAUCCAGCUGUCACCUUUGGAUUGGCUGUUGGCGGUCAGAUCACCAUCCUAACCGGUAUCUUUUAUUGGAUUGCCCAACUCAUUGGCUCCAUUGUCGCGUGCUACCUUCUUAGCUUCGUCACCGGAGGACUAGCAGUGCCAAUUCACGGAGUAGCCGCAGGUGUGGGAGCGAUCCAAGGUGUCGUGAUGGAGAUCAUAAUCACAUUCGCCUUGGUGUACACUGUAUACGCCACCGCAUGUGACCCCAAGAAAGGUGCAUUGGGCACAAUCGCACCCCUCGCCAUUGGUUUCAUCGUUGGUGCCAACAUUCUGGCUGCCGGCCCAUUCUCUGGUGGAUCAAUGAACCCAGCCCGAUCCUUCGGGCCGGCUGUGGCCAGUGGAGAUUUCUCUGGCCACUGGAUCUACUGGGUUGGCCCUCUCAUCGGCGGUGGCUUAGCCGGAGUCAUUUACCCCAAUGUGUUUAUGAGCCAUGAACAUGCUCCCCUUUCUAGCGAGUUUUAAUUUUUCGUUGUGAAUCAAGAUCAAUUUGGGAUUGUAAUAAAAGGAAGGAAAGCAAUGUAUUUGUUUUUCUUUCUUUUUCUAUUUGUUUUUUUUUUUUAAUUUGUGAAGAAUUAAUGGAGUUUGGUUUUUUGUUUGUCAUGUGAUCUAUGUGUGAUUCAAGGCUUUUAAGUUGAUUUGAAAGAUGGGUAGUGGUGGGCCUAUUUUCUUUA